AUGUGUUGGAUGCGUUGGAUGUGUUGGAUGUGUGGGAUGUGUGUCUUGUGUACGAGUACACAGUCCCUUCUGACUGUGUGUGUGUGUCUCUCUCUCUGUCUGUCGCUCUCCGUCUCUCUCUUUGCUCUCUCUUUGCUCUCUCUCUGUCUCUCUCUCUCGCUCUGUCUCUCUCUCUCGCUCUGUCUCUCUCUAACUCUCUGUCUCUUUGUCUCGCUGUCUCUCUCUCUCCCUCCCUAUCUCUCUCUUCUCUCUCUCUCUCUCUCUCUCUCUGUCUCUCUGUCUCUCUCCCUCCCUAUCUCUCUGUCUCUCUUAUUUUUCUGUCUCUCUGUCUCUCUCUCUGUCUGUCUCUCGCUCUCUCGCUCUCUGUCUCUCUGUCUCUCUGUCUCUCUCUCUGUCUCUCUGUCUCUCUGUCUCUCUGUCUCUCUCUCUGUCUCUCUCUGUCUCUCUCUCUCUCUCUCUCUCUCUCUCUCUCUCUCUCUCUCUCUGUCUCUCUCUCUCUCUGUCUCUCUCUCUCUCUGUCUCUGUCUGUCUGUCUGUCUCUCUCUCUCUCUCUCUCUCUCUGUUUUUCGUUUGCCUUAUUUCGGCCAGUGCAAUCGAUACCGAGUUGCUCAUCAUCUGCUCACCGUUCUUCCCUUACAGCAACUGUCGCCACUGACCUGUCUCUUGUCUCUUGCCAUCGGCUACACGCGAUCGAGCCCCCUCCCUGGCGCUCUGAACGACUGGAGACCGCUGCACAAGGCUUACAGCAACGGGCGCACAGAUGUUGCAAGGAUACUUAUCAAAUGUGGCGUACCCCGUAACGUCAAGACGAAGGGUAAACGGACGCCGCUUGACCUCGCAAAGCAACGAGGUCACUACGCCAAAAUGAAACAGAUGGAGAAAGACAUUUCUGAGUCUGAUUCCGCAACACCUGUGGCGCCUCUUUCUGAAAAAAUCACACCCUUGACGUUGGGCACGCCAGACACCGAGUCAUCGCCAGACAUCGAGGCAUUGCCUGACACCGAGGCAUCGCCAGACACCGAGGCAUCGACAGAUACCGAGGCAUUGCCAGACACCGAGGCCUCGCCAGAAACCGAGGCAUCGCCAGACACCGAGGCAUCGCCAGACACCGAGGCAUCGCCUGAUGCAAAGGCUUCAACCCACGAGUGGGAGAGGCUUUUUGAUAUCGUUUCCAAAGCUUGCGACAAUGAGGACGUGAAAGAAGAAAUUCAGAAUAUUUCCAAAUGGAAGGAUUGGAGUAUCGGACUGCCAGUGAUCCAGGACAUGAAAACAGCCGUAAAUCAGAUUGCCGGCAACGCUCGUAUCCUGCAUGACAAGAUGAAGAAGGCCAGCGCUGAUCAGAGUCGGACGUUGCAUGAUGUUCUGACGGAAUACAAGACGCUCACAACCGAAACCAACCUCAAAACACUGCGAAAUGAACUGUCCACCGCCAUGCCCAGCGCUCCAGACGAUGUUUUGCUCUUUGGCAGCAUGAUAUUGUUCAUUAUUGAGGACUUGGACGACACCGCCCGUGCUCAACAUUCACAUCCGUGCUCUGCAACCGAUUCUGCGACAUCGUCUCUCGAGAGCUUUUGCCAAAAAGAAAGCGAUUCGAAACGCAAGAUGUACGCAGAUCUGUGGCAAAGCCGCAGGGCUGGUCUGCAAUUCAAGCAACAAUUUGAGGACCUUCUUUGCUGGCAAGCAGAUACAUGCAGCGCGUUGGACGAUUGUAUAGAACUUUGCCCUGAAGUGGAUGCCAAUUUCUCCGUCGAGCACGUUACAAAACUGGGAAGACGACUGAAUCAGCAUUUUCCGCCUUUGCUGAUACUCCUCCAGCCUUUUCAAAGUCUCUGUGAGAAACAGAUGCAUCCCAGCCUGGUGAACGGCCUUCCAAAAAGUCUCGCGUUUGAGCUUUGGGCUGAGAUUGAUCAGACGCUGACACUGUCUAGCCUAGGCCCUCUUGCCCUUGAAUACAAGGACAAUCAUGAGGUCUACCAAGCCAAAGCAGCUCUGCCAAACUCUGAUCAGAAACACUUGGCCGUCAAGAAGUACGCCUUGGCUCGACAACAGAAAGAGGCCCUGUGCCGCACGUUUCUGCAUGAACUCUAUGUCAUGCGCAAACUAGAGCAUCCACACAUCAUUAAAGUUUUUGGGGCGUUUGUGGAUGAACACAAUGGCCAGCCAGGUGCCUUCUUGGUGCAACCGUGGUGUACGCAGGGGGAUCUGCAGCAGUGGCUCCACAAGGUACGCCAACAGGCUACUUUGAACGUCAUUGAGAGGCUCAUGAACGAGUUGCGUUCAGCCUUGGGCUUUAUGCACAGCAAAGGUCUGGUGCACCGAGAUGUCAAGCUCAGCAAUGUCAUGUUGGACGGCGAGGAAGCAUGUCCUAAAGUGUGCCUUGGAGACUUUGACAUUUCAAAGGCUGCGGCCAAAUCUACACUGCUGUCGGGGACGACCACAGCAUCGAUGGGCACAAAAGGCUAUGUAGCGCCCGAGGUACUGUUUGCCGUAAGUUCGGUGGGCGCACGACCAUCACAGGAUGCCUUUUCCUUUGGCUGCGUUCUCUACAACACCUACAUGUUUCCACAGACCGUCCCUCCUGCAAAGUCCCUAAGCGAUGAAGUUGUGGAUCGAUGCCAAUGGGAUUUGCAAGCAGACGCUGCUUCAUUCAAAUUUGCGCACCUAGCUGCGGAGAUGCGCAAUCCAAAGAGUGAAGUACACACGGAAAUGCGGGCGCUGCUUUCACCGGAUUCGAGCAAGCGUCCCAGCAUCUUGGAGACCGCCCUGGUACCACGCCAGCCUUCUGCCACGGCCCAGAUUGGGUCGGCUAUUGACGUCUUACGUGAGGCGCCCAGUGAGCUCAUUCCCGAGGUGGCCAACUUCUUAAAGCAGUUGUGUACUGAUGAGCAAGGUUGUCCAGAGAUCAGGGUACGAUGGGUUCAAGCUGUGCACAAUCCUGUGCUGUGGGAACGUUACAGCACCAAGCGACAAGAGAUGCUCAACGACAAAAUCAUUCGCCUAGGCUUUGACAAUCGCUUUGCUGGCAGCCACGCUGGUCGCCGCUUUGGGCUUGGUAUCUAUUUGACCGACGACCCAGUCAAGAGUCAUCAAUACACCGAGCCUAGACAAAAUGGCGAGCGCGUGCUCAUCAUCGCGCGAGCCCUGCUCGGCCAUGCUUACGUUCAUGCCUCGCCUCUUAAAGAGGCGCACGUUCAUGCCUCGCCUCUUAAAGAAGCGCUAGCCCCUCCGCUGCUGCCCGACGCACCCAACAAUGAGAGAUAUGAUUCCGUCAUUGUUACGCCGCCAGGAGAAGCUUCUGAGGUGGUCAUUUUUGAUAAUGCCCAAACAUAUCCAGAGCUCAUCCUGCUUUUGUGGCGCUUUCGGAAGUGUGUGUGUGUGUGUGUGUGUGUGUGUGUGUGUGUGUGUGUGUGUGUGUGUGUGUGUGUGUGUGUGUGUGUGUGUGUGUGUGUGUGUGUGUGUGUGUAUGUGUGUGUAUUUGUGUGUAUGUGUGUGUGUGUGUGUGUGUGUGUGUGUGUGUGUGUGUGUGUGUGUGUGUGUGUGUUUGUGUAG